CCGGCUCGGUUGGGGCGGUCGUGAUGUUUCUCUCUGGGGCCAGGCCGCGGAUGUGGGAAGCCAGCCCCUCAGAACACAAGAAGUGGGUGGAAGUAUUUAAAGCAUGUGAUGAAGAUAACAAAGGCUACCUAAGCAGAGAGGAUUUUAAAGUCGCUGUUGUCACGCUGUUUGGGUACAAGCCCUCCAAGAUAGAAGUGGAUUCUGUGAUGUCGUCAAUAAACCCGGACACUUCUGGUAUAUUACUUGAUGAGUUUUUAAAUAUUAUAAGGAAAAAGAAGGAAGCCCAACCAUUCCGGAAUGAAAUAAGACACAUCUUCACAGCUUUUGACAUGCACUAUCGUGGAUUUUUAACUUUGGAAGAUUUCCAAAAAGCAUUUAGGCAGGUGGCUCCCAGAUUACCAGAGCGGACCGUUCUUGAGGUGUUCAGGGCUCCAGAGACAAGCACCAAACUGCAAGCACAGAGUUGUUUUAUACCUGCAGUUUAAUUCAAAGUUUAAAAAAAAAGAAAAAAGGAAAGGAAACGUUGGUUUCUCUCCCCCCCUGCCCCCUGAAGCUGUUUUCAGUGGAACUUCCAUAUGAGAAUGCAUUUAUUACUGUAAGUAUCAAGCAAGUCAGACCAUGCAGGCACAGCACAGAACGCAGCCUGGAACAUUCGCAGCCUCGACCCGGGGACCACACGCCUCUACCGUUAGACACAGUUGUCUCUCUGAAGUUCAUCCCAUCUUUUCUC